AAAUCUUCAAGCUGUCACUGUCAAGAUGUGGAUGUCACCAUUCUUGGUUCUCUUCCAUGAUGCAAGGAAAGUUUUCAAAUGGGAUGAUUUGGGUGGGGAGAUUCUGAGCAUUGCAUUCCCUGCUGCGCUUGCAUUAGCAGCCGAUCCUGUUGCAUCCUUGAUUGACACUGCAUUCAUCGGCCAUUUAGGUUCUGUGGAAAUUGCUGCAGUGGGGGUUGCGGUUUCAAUCAUAAACCAGGCGAACAAGGUUACCAUAUUCCCUCUUGUCAACAUUACUACAUCCUUUGUUGCAGAGGAAAACAGUGAAAUAUCAUCCAAAUGUGAUGAUGGCUCCAAAGAGGUUAUUUCUGCCAAGGUUUACAGUGAAGAGAAAGUUGCAGAGGAGGAGACUGCUAAAGAUUCUGAGCUUGAAAUGAUGGAGAAUGGUUCCUUCACAAGCAGUGAAACAAAGGGUUCUUCUGCUUUAUCAGAUCUUGAAGCAAGUAAGUCUGAAACUGUUAGUAAUAGCAGCGAAAGCAACAGCAAAAUUAAGCGUGGGAAGCUCCGAAUCCCUUCUGCAUCAACUGCUUUAAUGAUGGGAUGCAUUCUGGGCAUUCUCCAGACUGUGUUCCUCACAGUUCUUGCAAAGCCUCUCUUGGGGUUGAUGGGUGUCAAGGCUGGAUCUACCAUGUUAAACCCUGCACUAAGGUAUCUGACUCUGAGAUCACUGGGAUCCCCUGCAGUUCUUCUGUCACUGGCAAUUCAAGGGAUCUUUCGCGGUCUCAAGGAUACUAAAACCCCCUUGUAUGCCACAGCUGCAGGGGAUUUGGUGAAUAUAAUAUUGGAUGCUGUCUUCAUAUUAGCUUGUCAUUGGGGUGUGAGUGGAGCUGCCAUUGCUCAUGUUAUCUCUCAGUAUAUUUUAUUACUCAUCCUGCUCUUCAAGUUGAUCACAGAAGUUGAGUUGUUGCCACCAAGUUCUAAGCAUUUACAGCUCAGUAAAUUUCUCAAGAAUGGAUUGUGGCUAUUCGCGAGGGUGAUAGCCGCCACAUUCUGUGUCACUCUGGCGGCUUCUCUGGCUGCGAGGCUCGGUUCGACAGUCAUGGCUGCAUUUCAAGUCUGCUUGCAAGUGUGGCUCACAUCUUCACUUCUUGCAGAUGGGUUGGCCAUUGCAGGACAGGCAAUUCUUGCCAGUGCAUUUGCUGUUAAAGACUACAAGAAAGCUAAGGCUGUUGCUGCUAGAGUGCUCCAGAUGGGGUUCGUGAUGGGAUAUGGCCUGGCUGUGGUGGUCGGACUAGGUUUAUACUUAGGGUCAGGGGUUUUCUCGAAGGACAAGAACGUUAUUCGUCUGAUAACCAUAGGCGUCCCGUUUGUUGCAGGCACACAGCCAAUAAAUUCAGUGGCAUUUGUUCUUGAUGGUGUCAACUUUGGGGCAUCAGAUUUCUUGUACUCUGCAUAUUCAAUGGUGUUGGUGGCGGCUAUGACUAUUGGGGUUGAAUUUCUGCUCUUGAAAUCCAAUGGCUUUGUUGGGAUAUGGAUUGCCUUAGCCAUAUUCAUGCUCCUGCGCACCAUUGCAGGUUUAUGGAGGCUGGCAACAGGAACAGGACCUUGGUGUUUCCUCAGGGCCUCAACCCAAACAAUGAUUUAAUGUUCCUGCAUCAUUUUUUUAACACCACGUGCCAGAGUGAUCAGGACCAUUUUCUUCUUUAUUUCAAACACUCUUUACUUUUACAUGUAAUUUUGAGUACGUGCUCUUAUUAUCUGGUAGUUUACAUUAGUGUUAUC